AUGUUGGCCUUGUGCAUACCCCUAUACCGAAAUAACCCGCCCAUCGAGAUCGAAGCCUCGUGGAAUACAACUGACAAGCUCUUGCGAGAAGCUGACCCCUCCGACUGCAAUCAGGGACCCCCUUGUGCCAGGCACUGCCCGGACGCCCCCGACCGCAACCAGGGACCCUCAUGUGCCAGGUACUGCCCAGACAGCCCCUCCUGGACUGGGGACCCCCAUGUGUCAGGUGCUACCCAGAUGCCCGCUGACCGCAACCGAGGACACCUGUGUGCCAGGCGCUGCCCAGAUGCCCCCUCCCCCAACCGGGGACACCCUUGUGCUGGGCGCUGCCCAGACCCCCCCAUCGCAAUCGGGGACCCCCUUGUGCCUGGCACUGCCCAGACCCCCCCCGAGAUCAGACCCCCCCUCUUGCUGAACCAGUACGUGCGGGCGCACUGGAGAGAGGACACAUUCUUUGGGUACCAGUUUCUGAACGGGGUCCACCCAGUGGUGAUCCGGCGCUGCACAGAGCUGCCCUGCAACUUCCCCGUCACGCCGGCCAUGGUGGCCUCCUCCCUGGGGGAGAGCACCAGCCUCCAGGACGAGCUGGCGAAGGGGAACAUCUUCCUCGCCGACUAUCAAAUCCUGGAGGGCGUCCCGGCCAACACGAUCAACGGCUACCAGCAGUACAUCACCGCGCCCCUCUGCCUGCUGCUCCUACAGCCCUCAGGGGAGCUCGUCCCCAUAGCCAUCCAGCUCAGCCAGAGCCCAGGCCCCAACAGUCCCAUCUUCCUGCCCAGCGACCCCGAGUGGGACUGGACCCUGGCCAAGACCUGGGUGCGCUACGCCGACUUCCUGACACACGAGGCCGUCAGCCACCUGCUGCUCACCCACCUGAUCGACGAGCCUUUCGCCCUGGCCACCCUGCGCCAGCUGCCCCUGUGCCACCCGCUCUUCAAGCUGCUGCUGCCCCACACCCACUACACGCUGCACAUCAAUGUCCUGGCCAGGACCCUGCUAUUCAGACGUGGAGGGAUCAUCAAAAGGGGCAUGGGCUCAGGGCUCGAGGGGACCAAAGUGCUGAUGGCCAACGGCAUGUCCUGCCCGACCUAUGCCUCCCUCUGCUUCCCUGAUGACAUCCAAGAGCAUGGGGUUGACUGCAACCCCAAUUACUUCUACAGGGAUGAUGGGCUGAAGAUCUGGUCAGCCAUUGAGAGCUUCGUCUCCGGCAUCGUCAGACACUAUUACCCCAAUGACACCCACAUCCUGGCCGACUGCGAGCUGCAGACCUGGGCAGACGAGAUCUUCAAUCAAGGUUUCCUGGGGAACGAGGCAUCCGGCUUCCCCUCAUCCCUGCAGAGCAUCCCUGAGCUCAUCAAGUACCUGACCAUGUGGAUCUACUGCUGCUUGGCCCGGCACGCUGCCCUCAAUAGCGGGCAGUAUGACCUUGGCGCUUGGAUGCCCAAUUCCCGGGCACCUGAGGAACCCCGCCCCAGGCCAAGGGCACACUCGCUGGAGAGCUACCUGGACACCAUCCCGGAGGUCAGCACCAGCCUCGCUAUCUACAUCCUCUGGGCCCUCUUGCUCGAGCCGGGGGACUCGAGAUCCCUGGGCACGUACCCCGACGAGCACUUCACAGAGGAGCCCCCCAAGCGGCUGUUCGCAGCCUUCCGGUGCCCGGCCCAGAUCUCCCAGGAGAUCCAAGAGAGGAACAAAUCCCUGCCCAUCCCCUACCAUUACCUGUAUCCCCACCAAAUCGAGAACAGCGGGUCCAUCGGAGCCCGACCGGAGAGCCCCAGGGACGGGCCGCAUGUGGCCGCUGGCAUCACUGUCCCUGCGAUCCUGUCCUGGGAGCCAGAAACCACAGCCUGGUUCCAUUCUGAAUGGCUGAUUCUGCCUAGUGGGACAAAUAUUUACCAAGCACAUUGA